AUGAUUGAAAUUCAGACAGGCGAAGAUCCUCAGAAUGUCGAAGGAAUAAUAAAACCUGAAAUCCUGAGAAUUGAACACCUAUAUCAAAGUAAAUGGGCAAAGGAAUUUCUCGAAUCGAUCGGUGCAGAAGAUAAGAAGCUGGUGAAUUUUUUUAUUGAUGAAUACAGGAAGGCAUUGGAAGAAGAUAAUGCUUUUAAUUACAAAGUUCUUGCUAGUAAAGAAUUAUACAAUCUAACGAAAACGCAUAUUUCAAAGAAAUGGGAAAAUCGAAAAACUCUCGAUAUUGCAGAAGGCAAAUUUUUUGUGGGGACAUCAAGCAGUUUAAAGAAAGACGAAGUUCAAAUUGAAAUGAUAAAGAAGGAAUUUAUGGAAGCAAAGGAAGCAGUGAAAACAUCCAAAGCUAAACUUAAAUGGCUAGAAAUGGAAAGUCAUGCAUACACAAAUUUUUUAAUUCGUCGUGGACACCACAUGGAUGGUGUUGAUGACCGUUGUGAUCAUCACUUUGUUGAGCAUAAUAAAAGAACUUCGCGAGUUCUCCAUGAACCAUGCUUACGUGAAAUAUCUUAUUUUGCUAGGUGGAUUCAUCCCACUACUUUUCUUUCUAUUCGUGAAGAAGCUUCAAAUGCACUGUCUCAUUGUUCACAUACUGCUUGGAUUAACAGAGUUGCUGACUGUCGAAGGAGUAGUGUCCUGCCUGUUUGUACUCAUUAUGAUGUUUAUCUGCGUCAAUAAACGACAAAUAAUUCUGGAGCCUCUGUCAUCUCCAAGCUCAGAAACGUUUCUAGCAUUUGUCGUCUGGUGUUCGAUGAUAUGUUUGUUCACACAAAUAAUAAUCUGCUUUCAAAAAUGGAAUGAGAAAGAAUGUCCAAUGAAUUGACAAAAUAACAAACAUUUUCAACGUUCUGUCUAUUCUUCACAUCCAAAAAUGUUAAAUGAACAAAUGUAUUCACCUAACUUCUAUUGACUGCUAAUUUCAGAUUUAUUCUUUCUUCUCAACACAGUAUGAUUCUUUGAUUUCCUGCAAUGUCUGAAUUGAUUAAAUAUAAAAUUAGAAGC